GGCUUAUAGCCUUCUACUGCCUUCUAUCUGCGCCUGACGGCCUCAAAUCGGAUCCCAUCUUUAAGCUUUCCCACUCAAUUUGCACCUCUCGUGUCGUGAUUAUCUUGCAAUCUGAGCGUAACUUCGGCUGCGAUCGAUUCGCCAUGGGAGACUUCAAUGAUGCUUUCAUGCGAAACCAAAACGCCGCCGUGCAGGCUCGCACCAAAGCUCAGAACCGUGCCAACGUCCUCCAACUCAAGCUGAUCGGACAGAGUCAUCCUACUGGUCUCACGGCUAAUCUUUUGAAGCUGUUUGAGCCUCGGCCUCCGCUAGAGUAUAAAGCACCUCCAGAAAAAAGGAAAUGUCCGCCAUUAACAGGGAUGGCACAAUUUGUGAGUAAAUUCGCUGAACCUGGAGAUCCCGAAUAUUCUCCUCCUGUCCAGGAAGCUGAGACUCCGAUGCAAAGAAGAGCUAGGAUACACAAGCUAAGAUUAGAGAAGGGAGCAGCAAAGGCUGCUGAAGAGCUAGAAAAAUAUGAUCCACAUAAUGACCCAAAUAUUUCAGGAGAUCCCUACAAGACCCUGUUUGUGGCCAGACUUAGUUAUGAGACGACUGAGAGCAGAAUCAAAAGGGAGUUUGAGUCAUAUGGUCCAAUCAAACGGGUUCGAUUGGUUACUGACAAAAGCACAAAUAAACCCAAGGGUUAUGCAUUCAUUGAGUACCUUCACACAAGGGACAUGAAAGCUGCUUAUAAGCAAGCUGAUGGUAGGAAAAUUGAGGGUAGAAGGGUGCUUGUGGAUGUUGAACGUGGAAGGACUGUUCCUAAUUGGAGGCCUCGCCGACUAGGCGGUGGGCUUGGUACUACAAGAGUAGGGGGUGAAGAAGUUAAUCAGCGGUAUUCUGGGAGGGAACAACUGCAAUCAGGACCUUCUCGUUCUGAAGAACCAAAAGUGCGGGAGGAACGACAGGUUGAUCGGGAUAGAGAAAAAUCUCGUGAAAGAGGGAGGGACAAGGAUAGAGAACGGGAACGAUCACGUGAACGCUCUCAUGAUAGGAGCCGUACUCGGGAUCAUAGGGAGGAUAGACAUCACAGAGAUCGGGAUAGGACUAGAGACAGAGAAAGGGAAAGAGAUCGUGGUCGUGACCGAGAUAGAGAUCGUGGUCGUGAUCGGGAGCGAGGACGUGAUCGUGAUAGGGAGAGGGAUCGUGACCGCCAUCGUGAAAGGGAUAGGGACUAUGAAGAUCUUGAACGUGGACGCUCGCAUGACAGGGAGUCUGAUUAUGAUCGUGUUGAUUCCAAACAUGAGAGGGACCGACAUGGUGAAAGGGGGCGAGACUAUGAACCUGAGGAUAAUCAUGCAUGGUACAAUCAACCUGAGCAUGGACAUAGGCAUGCGGACCCUGGGCGGGAUGCUGAGGAGUAUGACCACUAUGAGCAUCAUCAAGGGCGAGGGCAUUAUGAUCGUGGAGAUGGUGACGAUUAUGAUCAAUAUCCUGACCCUGAUAGGCUGGAGGACGACUACCACAAGGAACACACAGUAUCUGAAUCUCGUGACCGGGAGAGAAGUCAAUCAGAGAGGUCUCGUUCUCGAGAGUAUGAUUACUAGUACUGAAAGCAUAUUAUCUCUGUACUUCAAUGGUAUGGAAUGAUCCAGUCACCACAGGAGAACUUAGUUGCUGCUAUCAUCUCCAUGAAAUAGUUGAUUCUGGAUUUAUGAUGUCUGCGUUUGAUUGCUUUAUUGCUGUAGCUUAGUAGUUCUCUGUUACUCAAUCUUUGGUGUUUUUGGGGAUAUGAUUGAACUGAUGGUGCUGGUGCUAAUUUGGGGUUUUGAUGUCUUUUCUGCAGACGUUUAAGAAACAGAAGAUCGUUUUAAUGUAUUUGUGGUGAACAAUCGUCUGAGUCUUGUAUUUUCAUCAUGUCGUUGGGUUGUGGGUAAUGCUUGGAACUCCGUUUGGUUAAACUGGUGAAACAUCAAUGUUGUUUACAUAUAGAACGACCAGCAUUGGAUUUGUGUAUGCGAUUAUUUCAGCGAUUCUGCCGGUUAGAAAGUGUCCAUAUUAUAGGUAUUCUGUGCGAAGUCCUAACUGAGGGCGAGGAGGGUCAGAAAUGCUCAGUCGUUUAAAUUAUUUGCCCUAUAAUUGCACAAGGUUUGGUGCAAGGCUUCUUCAGCUAUCGUUUCACUUGACUA